CCCCUCCAUCCCCAACACCAUCCCGGGAGGAGCAGCGGCUGCCGGAGCCGCCGGCUCUGGACUCUCCCAAUUCUGAGCUCUCAUCAUGGCGGCGGCUGCGGCGGCUGUCGGGGGACAGCCGUCGCCUCAGUCUGAGCCGCCUCACCCGGAGCUGGGCCGGGACAAGGCGGCCACGGCGGCACACCUGAAGGCGGCGCUGAGCCGACCGGACAACCGGGCGGGCGCCGAGGAGCUGCAGGCUCUGCUGGAGCGGGUGCUGAGCGCUGAGCGGCCGCUGGCCCGGGCAGAGGGUGGGGGGGAGGAGGCAGCGGCGGCCGGAGGAGGCAGCGGGGGCGGUAGCGGCGGCGGCCCGGGGGCGGCGGAGGAGGAGGCCCUCGAGUGGUGUAAGUGCCUUUUGGCCGGCGGCGGAGGCUACGAGGAGUUCUGCGCCGCGGUGCGGGCCUACGACCCCGCGGCGCUCUGCGGCCUGGUCUGGACAGCCAACUUCGUGGCCUACCGGUGCCGGACGUGUGGCAUCUCCCCCUGCAUGUCCCUGUGCGCCGAGUGCUUCCACCAGGGCGACCACACUGGACACGACUUCAACAUGUUCCGCAGCCAGGCCGGGGGCGCCUGCGAUUGCGGGGACAGCAACGUGAUGCGGGAGAGCGGGUUUUGCAAAAGACAUCAAAUUAAAUCAAGUUCAAAUAUUCCUUGUGUCCCCAAAGACUUACUGAUGAUGUCUGAAUUUGUUCUUCCACGGUUUAUUUUUUGCCUUAUUCAAUACUUAAGAGAAGGCUAUAAUGAACCAGCAGUUGAUGUACCAUCAGAAAAAGACCUUCACAAAGUCCUUCAGUUAUUGGAACCCCAAAUUUCUUUUCUGGAAGAUUUGACUAAAAUGGGAGGAGCAAUGAGAUCUGUUCUUACCCAGGUUUUGACAAAUCAACAAAACUACAAAGAUCUUAGCUCUGGUCUUGGAGAAAAUGCUUGUGCAAAGAAAAGUCAUGAAAAGUACCUGAUAGCUUUGAAGGGCUCUGGAUUGGCAUUUCCUGAGGAUAAACUUACGUGUGGCAUGCAGGACCAGGCUGCUGGCACUAGCUCUCUGGCAGUUCCAGGUUUUGCAGGUGCUACAGGAACAUCAGGACAAGUAGAUUCUUCAGAUGAGGAGGACCAGGAUGGUAGCCAAGGUGUGGGCAAGCGCAAGAGGGUAAAAUUAAGCAGCAGUGCCAAAGAUCAGUCUAUUAUGGAUGUUUUGAAACAUAAAAGUUUUCUAGAAGAAUUAUUAUUUUGGACUAUAAAAUAUGAAUUUCCACAAAAGAUGGUAACUUUCUUACUCAACAUGCUACCAGAUCAAGAUUAUAAGAUUGCUUUUACAAAAACCUUUGUCCAGCAUUAUGCUUUUAUUAUGAAAACACUGAAGAAAAGUCAUGAAUCAGACACAAUGUCCAACAGAAUUGUCCAUAUUAGUGUUCAGCUAUUCAGCAAUGAGGAACUAGCAAGACAAGUAACGGAAGAAUGCCAGUUACUGGAUAUCAUGGUCACUGUCCUAUUGUACAUGAUGGAAAGUUGCCUUAUCAAAAGUGAGCUACAAGAUGAAGAAAACAGUUUACAUGUAGUAGUGAAUUGUGGAGAAGCACUACUGAAGAACAAUACUUAUUGGCCUCUUGUCAGUGAUUUUAUCAAUAUACUUUCACAUCAAAGUGUGGCGAAGAAAUUCCUAGAGGAUCAUGGUUUGUUAGUUACUUGGAUGAACUUCGUGUCAUUUUUUCAAGGUAUGAACUUAAAUAAACGAGAACUAAAUGAACACGUGGAAUUUGAAUCUCAGACCUACUAUGCUGCAUUUGCUGCUGAGCUUGAGGCUUGUGCACAGCCAAUGUGGGGACUCUUAUCACAUUGCAAAAUUAGGGAAACACAAGAAUAUACAAGAAAUGUUGUUAGAUAUUGCCUAGAAGCACUUCAAGACUGGUUUGAUGCUAUUAACUUUGUAGACGAGCCAGCUCCUAACCAGGUUACUUUUCAUUUGCCACUGCAUCGUUACUAUGCUAUGUUUUUGAGUAAGGCUGUGAAAUGUCAAGAGCUAGAUCUAGAUUCUAUUUUACCAGAUCAGGAAAUGUUGAUGAAACUAAUGAUUCACCCACUCCAAAUCCAGGCGAGUCUCUCUGAAAUUCACAGUAACAUGUGGGUUAGAAAUGGCCUUCAGAUCAAAGGGCAAGCUAUGACUUAUGUACAGUCUCAUUUCUGUAAUUCCAUGAUUGAUCCGGAUAUAUACUUAUUACAGGUCUGUGCUUCUAGACUUGACCCAGAUUAUUUUAUUUCAUCUGUCUUUGAAAGAUUUAAGGUAGUGGAUUUGUUGACAAUGGCUUCACAACAUCAAAAUACAAUACUUGAUUCAGAACAUGAGAGAUCUAUGUUAGAAGGAGCCCUCACAUUUCUUGUGAUCCUGUUGAGUCUUCGGUUACAUUUAGGAAUGUCAGAUGAUGAAAUCCUGAGGGCAGAGAUGGUAGCCCAACUUUGUAUGAAUGACAGGACACAUAGUUCAUUGCUGGAUCUCAUAUCCUUAUAAAUUUUGAUUCCAGAAAAUCCCAAUCCCAAAAGUGGAAUUAUCCCAGGCAGUUACAGUUUUGAAUCUGUGUUGUCAGCUGUAGCUGAUUUUAAAGCUCCUGUUUUUGAGCCUGGAGGUUCUAUGCAACAAGGAAUGUAUACUCCAAAAGCGGAAGUCUGGGAUAGAGAGUUUGACCCAGUCAUGGUAAUCCUUUGGACAGUUUACUGUAGAGAUGUGCAGUCUGCAAUGGACAGAUAUACUGCAUUUUUAAAACAGAGUGGAAAAUUCCCUGGAAACCCUUGGCCUCCCUACAAGAAAAGAACACCUCUACACCCUAGUUACAAAGGUCUCAUGAGACUUUUGCAUUGUAAAACUUUACAUAUUGUCCUAUUCACUCUACUUUACAAGAAUGAUCAAGUUCUUCAAGGUUUCUCAGUGGAGAAAGGAGAAUUCACAUGCCCACUCUGUCGUCAAUUUGCUAACAGUGUUCUUCCGUGUUAUCCUGGAAACAAUGUGGAAAAUAGCCUUUGGCAGUGUCAUAGUAACAAGAGCAUGCAAGAGCUUAUAAAAGAGGUUGAAGAGCUUCAAGAACAGCUGGGAAUUUUCCCAUCAGAAACCAACUUAAGUAAAGAAAUGGAAUCUGUAAUGAAGGAUAUCAAAAGUACUACACAAAAGAAAUACACAGACUAUAGCAAGACUCCUGGCUCACCAGACAAUGAUUUUCUCUUUAUGUACUCUGUAGCUAGAACCAAUUUGGAACUUGAGCUAAUUCAUCGUGGUGGGAACUUGUGUUCAGGUGGAGCAAGCACAGCUGGCAAACGAUCUUGUUUGAAUCAGCUGUUCCACGUAUUAGCCAUGCAUAUGCGGCUUUAUAGCAUUGACUCUGCCUACAAUCCAUGGAAAAAACUAACUCAAUUAAUGCAGGAUAUAAAUUCACAGCUGUGCAAUGAAGAGCAACCUGAGGUUCCUGUUCUCUACCGAGAUGUUUCAUCACUUUUGCUUAUCCAGAUUUUAACCAUGCCACAACCUUUACACAAAGAACACUUUACAUGUAUUGUGAAGGUACUUUUCACAUUACUGUAUACACAGGCUCUUGCAGCACUUUCAGUUAAAUGCAGUGAAGAAGACAGGCUAGCCUGGAAGGACUUGGGGACACUCAAAAAGAAUACAUGCAAUGCUGAAAAGUCUUGGGAGGUUUUAUUAAGCCUUGUGAUAAGUGAAUUAUCUAAAGGGAAGCUGUACCUUGAAGGAGAAACUGAAGAACUUGGAAUGGUUAACCCUAUUUCCUGGUCUCCUGAUAACAUAGAAAGAUAUUUACAGAAGUUCUGCUUACCUUUUCUCAGGAUCACCAGCCUUCUUCAGCAUCACCUUUUUGGGGGAGAUUUACCAGGUUGUCAGGAAGAAGAAGAAUUUACAGUUCUUGCUUGCUGCUUGGGACUUCUACCACCUUUUAGUCAAACAGCUCAUCCAUUCACCAGCGCCUCCUGCCUUGACUGGCCUGUUCCAGCAUUUGACAUCAUACCUCAGUGGUGCUUUGAAGUAACUUCCUUUUCUGAAAGACAUGCAGAACAAGUAAGGGUUUUGCUUAUUCAGGAGUCAAAAUGGGAUUUACCACAUUUAUUACAGUUGCCUGAGAACUAUAAUACCAUCUUUCAGUACUAUCACAGAAAAACGUGUAGUGUCUGCACUAAAGUUCCUAAAGAUCCUGCUGUUUGCCUUGUUUGUGGUACUUUUGUAUGCCUGAAGGGACUUUGCUGCAAACAACAAAGUUACUGCGAAUGUGUUCUGCAUUCUCAGAACUGUGGUGCUGGAACAGGAAUAUUCCUAUUGAUCAAUGCAUCAGUAAUUAUCAUUAUUCGAGGUCAUCGUUUCUGCCUCUGGGGUUCUGUUUACCUAGAUGCACAUGGUGAAGAAGACCGGGAUCUUAGACGUGGCAAGCCUCUCUACAUUUGCAAGGAAAGAUACAAAGUUCUUGAACAGCAAUGGGUUUCUCAUACUUUUGAUCACAUCAAUAAAAGAUGGGGUCCACAUUAUAAUGGGCUAUAAAUCAUCUAUUUCCUACAGCUUCAUACCAUAUCAUCCAUCACCUUUACUAAGAAUCCAACUUUACAAAGAUAAGCUUUAACUUAAUUUGGGGGAUUAACUCACUGGAAAAAAAAUGAAACCAUGCCAUUUUUUAAGCCUUUCAAUAAUUAGGUGCUGUUGAUACUACAUUAAUGGUACUAUAAUUAAAAAAAAAAUCUUUGGGAGGGCAUGAAAAGUUUAACUUCCUUGGUACUCAUGCUUUUUAUUUAAUCCACAAUUGAUAAGAAGCACAAGUUGUUCUCAAAAUUAUUUAAAAGUGAGAUCUCCCAACAAUGCAAUGAAAUAUUUCUUUGAUACUUAGGGUGGAUUUGAGUUACUGCAGGUUUACUGCUUCCACAUUCUUUGUGUUUAAUUCGCAUCUACUAAACAUAUUGCAUCAUUUUUUCUUUACUUUUCUUGUGUUGAUUUGAGAUUUUUGCUUGCUACAUAUGUAAUUAGACAAUACUUGUAAAACAUGAUUUAUGUGAGAUAUUGUAUAGUAAAAGUUGGUCUAACCAGUAGAUUAAAAAAAAUCCACUUGUGAGAGGUCUGUUAAAAGCUUUCAGACUUUGCUGAAAACCUAACUCAUUCUCAGGAAUUUCAUAAAUACUAUCCCCAGGUAAAUAAAUAAAAUAGCUGUAAAAUAAUUAGAUUGCUACUGUUAAUAUAAUACAGUAUACUCCUUUUUUUUCCUCCUUCAAAAACAAAAUUUGCCAUUACAAUUGGGUGAAUUAUUAGUGAUAGUAAUAUAUAGAUUUUACUAUAUAUACAAAUUUUCAAAGACUGUACAACAUGACAGAUUCUAAUGCAUGCCUGCCUUUCAUUAUCAACCCAGAUAUGUGUUUGAAUGAUUGUAUUGAAACUGUGCAGACUGCCCUAAAAAUGAAAUAUGAUUUUAGAUCUUUCCUGUCAACUCAAGAGAUUCAUCUGUAUUGUAUUUAUGCAGAAUAAUCACUGAUUUUUCUGCUUGAUUUCCUUUAAAAAGAAAAAAAAGCUCAACAAAAGUGGCUCUGGUUUGAAUGACCAUCUAUAUUCUCUAAAAAAUGCUAGAGAAACAGCUUGUGUUAUAGUGUAUUUACUUCAGCAAGAAUAAAAAGGAUUGAGCUUAAAUCCACUGUCUAUGUAAAAGGGGGAGUGUAUGGACAAAAACAAAUAAUAUAUUGCUACCAAACAAUUUUUAGUGCCCAGACAUUGGUUGAUUAUUUCAUAUAAAAUGCUGUCAAACAAUUCCCAGUACUUUUGACUUUCCUUGAUUGUUCUGUAAAAUAAAAUUUUUACAUGUAAAAUAAAAGACAAAAACAUCUAGUGAUAAAAACAUAUAAAAAUAAAAGCAGAUCCAUGUUCAAAGAUCUAAUUGAAUGAUAUCACAUCAAAAUGAUAGAAAUGACAGUCUAGCAUCCAAAUAAGGAAAAUCAAACAGUACAUUUUCCAAACAGGUCCAAAGCAGUUGGCAUUUGACCAUUAGAUCUACAAUAGAAUAUGUGGUAAUGGCUUGCUAUUUUUAUAUAAAUUUCCAAAAUAUUAAGAUACCUUUCUGUAAGACUAGAAUGAUUCUAUUUCACUAACUGAAUAGCUAUGUGUUUUCCAACAUGUUGCUACUUUUUUUGAUACUGUACUAUAAGUUCAGCCUGUAAUAUUUUUUUGCAUUGGUCAUUAUGAAUACCAGGCCAUUUUGUAAGUGCAGUUGGAGAGCAAAAUGUUAAUUUACAUCUCUAGUAUGAUACCAUUACAGGACUCAUGAACUUGAAAAAUUCUGUAGUUUGAAACUCUGAUGCUCUAUUUACAAGGUAUAAUGUAUCCAGAAUUUGAUUAUUACAUAUUUAAAAUGGAAUGUUUUAUGGUUGUGCAUAUGGAUGUGAAGUGAAAAUAUUAGCCUUAACUUUAAAAAUCUGGGUAUUUGAUAGUGUUUAUUUUGCUAUUGGUGAAUUAGUCACCAGUAAAUUUUGAAAAAAAAGCACUUGGUUGAAAAUUGUACUUGAAUACAUACAUGCAUGCUGCUAAACUAUAACUUUGAUUUUCCCCAUAACUUUUAUAAGCCCAAUUUAUAAGCCCACUUUGAAAAAUAACAGGUCCAAGUUAGAGUGAUGUGUGUGUAUAUUAUUAUUAAAAAAUGUACUGGUGUGGUAUCUUGUAUGAAUGAUCAUUUAAGUACAGUACAUUACUGUAGAUGCUAAAUCAAUCUUUAUAAUUAAUCAGAAAAUACAAAACUAGGAAUAAUCAACAUUGUAAAAUAUGUUAAUAAAAACCUACUGUCA